GGAAAGCGCUAUCUUCAUCCUCAGUCAAAUUACACUACAACGAUGUCAUGCUCCGACAACCAAGCUGGGAAUUCGUUUUUAGUGGACUCCCUAAUCAACGUGCGCGCAGAGAGCAGUGCCCCAUACUACGAAAGUAACGGCAUAUAUUUGCAACCAGCUUCAGAAUACACGUAUGGACUCUCCCACGGCGCUUUUUUCUCUGGUCUUGGAAAGCGAGAAGACACAAAUUCUCAAACUAUGAUACCUUCCUCUGGUACAUAUAUUCAAGGGAUGCAAACGUGGUUAGAGAACUCGAGAUCUUGCCGAUUAGAUCAGUCUAGCAACCAACAAACUGCUGCGUGUUCCUUUUCUCCCAGCAUCAAAGAAGAGAACGCAUAUUGCCUCUAUGAAUCAGAGAAAUGUCCUAAAGGGUCAACGGUGGACGACAUUUCCUAUUCCCGGGUAACAGCCGGAUCAUGCCCGGUUAACAAUAACGGAUCAGUGCCUGUUCCUGGGUACUUCCGUCUGUCUCAGACAUACACUUCUUCCAAGGUUUAUCAAGAUGUUCAGCCAAAUCCAACUCACUUUACUUUGCAACGUCCUACCCGUUUCGGUACCACACAUCCCCAGAGCUCCUCGGUCGAUAUAGGCAGAAGGGAGAGUGAAGCAACGCCUGCCACUACGCCAUGCCAUCCACAAGGAGACGAGGACACACGGCCAUCGUCUGCUGAAGGCUCUUCCUCCCCAGAACCACCAGACACCUGCGCAGAAAGUCCGAAAAAAAACACUAAAGGAGACCCAAAAAUUGAGAGCACGGCCAACUGGUUGACUGCAAAGAGUGGCCGAAAGAAGCGUUGUCCCUACACCAAGCAUCAGACUCUUGAGCUAGAGAAAGAAUUUCUCUUCAACAUGUACUUGACUCGCGAGCGUCGUCUUGAGAUAAGCCGCAGCGUACACCUCACAGAUAGGCAAGUCAAAAUCUGGUUCCAGAACCGAAGAAUGAAACUGAAAAAAAUGAGUCGAGAAAAUAGAAUACGGGAGCUAUCGAACAACUUCCAUUUUUCAUGAGACACUUGUGCUGUGGUCAUUGGCGCCAUCCUCCAUCAACUGCAAGUGCGUCCUCCAGAAACCCUGUAGAAUAUGGACAAACCUACUGCUAACUUAUUGUCGUUUUGUUGAAAUGUUAUCUCUUCACGUCUAUUUUCUGUGGUGGAUCUGUAUUUAUACUGUAAGUAUAUGGUUCUGGUGUGUAUGGUCAAAUUAACAAGGGACAACAUAAACUGCACAUUGUCGGCUUUGGUUGUACAACAUAACCCAACAAUUGAAUCUGCAUGCUGGACCUUAAUCAAAGGUUUGCCUUUAAUUCGUCAUUGCUUAAAAGUCCCAACAGGUUUGAUUGAUGUUGCACAUU